AUGUCGAUCCUUAAGCUAGAGCUUAUUAAAGCUUAUUUUAUCGACAAUCUUAACAAAGGUUUUAUCGAACCUUUAAUAGCGCUAUUUGCAGCUUUAGUCUUGUUUGCUAAAAAGCAAAACGGUUCUUUUCGCUUUUAUAUUGACUUCCGCGCGCUAAACAACCUUACUCGUAAAGAUCGAUACCCCCUCCUUUUAAUCGAUAAAACCUUCCAUAGUUCCGACUGGCUACUAGUCGCUUAUUACUUUAAAACUAUGGCUUUCGCUAAGCUUAAUUACGUCGUUUACGACAAAGAGAUGCUAGCUAUUAUACGUUCUUUUAAUAACUUCCGCGCCGAACUCGCCGGCUCUUCUUACUAG